GUGUAGUGGGCUCAGUACUCAGUACCCACAUUGAUGUGACUAGUUUAUUAAAUUACAUUAAUAAAAUUAUGUUCUACUUCGUAGCAAAUGUCUUACUGAAUGCGGUAAAUUUAGUCAAGUUGCAAUAACUGUGAAGUGCCAAUUUAUAGUUUUAACUUAGGUUAUGGAUGAAGAAACAUUAAACAGGAUGGCAGCAGAGGCCCUUCUGGCAGAAGCUGAAAUCAGAGCUAGGAGAGCAGCCGUAAUAGGCCCAAGCGGCUGGAUUAAAAAAAAAGAGUCGAUAAACAAGAGGUUUUUGCAUUCAACAUUAAGAAAUGCAGUGCAAUCCAACAAACGCAAAUCAUCGCAGAGUACAAACAGUCCUUGUCAACAAGAAAGGGCAAACAAAAAAUAAUUAUGGGUUGUCAAUUUCUCAGCUUCAAUCGUAUGUACCUAAUGUAUGAAAGUGGUUAUUUUAAAGCGUGACGCUCUAUACCUACUCAUUUUGAAGAUUAUUCGUAUUCGUUUGUUUAGUUCGACUUGUUAUAUAUAUAUAUACUUGGUAUUACAUUGAUGUAAAUUAUAAGUAUGUAAAUUGUGUAUAAUACACGUAUAAUAUACAUCUAUGUAACCAGCAUUGUUACUAGAAUAACAUGAAAAAGAGUGUAGCAAAGAUGAAAAAUGUAUAUUUUGUUUAAAAAAAAAAUCUUCAUAUUACGUUAUGAUAUUCUAGUAGUACUAACUUUUGAGUGAAAGCAGAAGUUUAGGAGGAUGCAAGAUUGAGGUUUGAAAUAAGUUAUAGGGUGCACCAAUAAAAGUGGAAAAUCAUGCCUUUUUGUAACUUAGGAUUUUAAGCCCUGGUAAAAUAUAAAGACACAAGUAAAAUUCUUCAAUUUUUUCACUUUCGUAUUGAAGAAAAAGUGAACCAACUAAGCCGCAAAAUAAAUCGAAUUACUUGAA